GUCGUUCUGAAGCGAUGGUGUCGCGUGUACGCCGCUGAAACGUACGAGUGGUUAGCAUUCACGUAAAACGAGCCGGCUCUCGCGUAUCUCCCCUUUUUUUCAGUCCCCGUAAAACGCGUGUCAGCUGAAACAGGUCGGCACACCACGAUGUCGCGGUCAAUCUUCGUCGUUGUUGCGUGCGUUCUGUUGGUGUUUGGUGAAGUGUCCGGCAAAAAUGUGAAUUUGGCACGUUCGAAACGCAACCCGAACGGAUUAAACGGGAGCUGCGACAGUGUCAGGCCGUUCUUCAGGCAGAGGAACGUGGAGGAGCCGCGGCAGCGCGACACUCAAAAAGGAGAAGUUUGCAAUGGGGAGUGUUGCGACGCGAACACGGAAAGUCUGUUGCGAAAACAGGGCCAGAGGGAUUUCGCCGCCCAGCUGAGGCACAAUUCGAGGUCGCUGCAGGGGCUGCUCAUCUCCACCUCCGACACAGUACAAAAUCACGUCCUGGACCUGGCCAGCCAGUCGGAGAACAAAACGCUCGUCCUGUUCUCGACGAUCUACCAGGGCAUGGCCAGACUCUCCAGGGAACCGAUAACCGCCCUCUACAAGGACAUCAGAGAUUACGUGAUCGCGAACGAGAGCAAGUCGGGAACGAACGCCGGCCUGGACGCCAGCGUACACAGAUUCUUCGGGGAUCUGUUUCCUCUAGCAUAUCAUCACAGUGCCAACGCUCCAAAGCGCGAUUUUACCAUAGAGUACAAAGCUUGUUUGAAGAAGUCCAUGGAUUAUGUGUUGCCCUUCGGCGACAUCCCGAAACAGAUAUCGAUGGCGUUGUCCAAGAGUCUGGAGGCGACCAGGCUGCUGUUGCAGGCCUUCAAAAUCGGUUCGUCGGUCUUGAACACGACCGACUCGCUGCUGACGGAGGAGAACAGCUCGCCGGAAUGUUACGACGCGUUGCUACGCAUGAGUUUUUGCCCCAAGUGUCACGGCAUCGCUAAAAAUCCGAAGCCCUGUCGGGGGUUGUGUCAGAACGUUCUAAGGGGUUGUCUGGCUAAGUACGUGGCUGAGCUAGACAUUCCUUGGUCCGGUUAUGUUGAGGGCAUCGAAAGUUUGGUCAACGCCAUGAGGAAGAACAAUAACGAUGCCGGCAUCAACGUUGAUAUGGUUAUCAGGAAUUUAGAAAACCAAAUUUCCACUGCCAUCAUGCAUUUCAUGGAGAGGACCGCCGAGAUUGAUAAAAAGGUGCAGUCGAGGUGUUGGCCGGUGGAAUUCUCGAACACGGAGGACCCUCUGAGGGCCGAGAUCACGACCCCGGCGCCGACCCAGAACACCAACAAGCUGUCGAGGUUGCCGAGCACGCAGUUCUCGCCGCUGCCUGAGCAGGAGCUGACCCAUUUCCUCUCCUCCAUAGAUAAGACGAAGAGCUUUUACGGGAACCUGGCCGACUCCCUGUGCGAGGACUCGAGCUUCGCCGAGACCAAGGAUACCAACUGCUGGAACGGCGAAAAAAUCUCUGACUACACCAAAGUGGUGGCGGACGUGGGGUUGAACACCCAGAGAUACAACCCGGAAGUGAAGCCCUCGUCGUCGGCGUACAGCGUCGAUCCGAGGGUGGCCGAACUGGCGGACAAGCUUAGACACGUACACAAGAGUGCUGUUGCCUCGUUGGGUUCUUACGCCGACGAUUACAUGCAACAAGACGGCAUUGAUGGCUCGGGACAAGGCUCAGGACAGAACCCUGACUUCGAAGACGACGACGAGGACUUGGGCAACAACGGAUCCGGUUCCGGACACCACCCCAUCACCGAAAUUGAGGAAAAAGAGGAGAAAGUAACCCAGGUCAUGGACGUCCCGAGGAUUGUGACCGCCUCUUCGGACGUGGCCAGAUCGUCGACUGCGGUUUUGCUGUUUGUGCUCGCAGUUUACGCGACCCUAAACUGAACAAUCACCCUAGAGACUUGUAUAAAAAAUUUCAGACUUUAACAGUGAGAGAAUCUAAGAAACGAGAAGAAAAUUGUUUUCUAUGUUUGUUGAGAGAGUUACAGAAAUUGGAUGGUGACGAAAUUCGUUCAAAACAAUACGGAUACAUUAUUGCUACGCAUAUAUACACAACCACCCUUUUAUUAGGGGGUGUAUUCGCAUUGAUUUUGAACCGAUUUCAAUAUUGGCUGUUUAUAUAAUAUAUAAUUCUAUAUUUAAAAAUUGUUUCAUGUAUGUAUUAGAAAUCUAUAGUUAACGCAUUUAUGUAUAUUAAUUAAAUCACGAAAAAUAGUCGUAAAAAUCCACCACAAAAAAAUAAUAAUAAAACAACUCUGGCUAAGGUCCACUUGUAUAUACUAUAUAAAUGGAGAACGUUUUAGAGUCCGAGAUGAGACUGUACAAUGUAGAAAAUAGAGACGUCUUAGGAUAAACCCCCCAAGCUUACGACUUGCCUAAUUAAAUUAAAAUUGACGCUUUCUGUUUCACCACCGGCGGUCACAACUUCACACUUUAAUCAUAGAUCUAGAAUCUUCCAAAAAAAUACUCGUCGAGUCUUUUUAGGCAGCUAUUGAAAGCAAUGUCCCCCUCUGUGUGAUGUGUAGAUUUUUAGAGUUUAGCGUCCCCUUAGGGACGAAAAUUAUUGUUUUAACUCGUCAAUUAAUUAAUUUACACGCCGACAAACAACUGAGGUAACUUACCGACACUUAUGCACACUUCAACGGAGAGUUUUAUUUUUGUAAUAAUUUAUCAUUAAAAAUUUUAUCUGUUACGAAUGUACCGUUGAGUUGUGCUGUGUCCGCUUUAAAAUGUACGAUAAUUUUUUUUGUAUAUGAUACAUAAUACAUUAGUAUACAGGGCACCUUCACUAUCUACUUAAUUAACUACUUAUUAUAUACAAUUAUUGUGUACAUCACAUAUAUUAAAGGCUUUAAAAUUGACCGUUUAUGAAGCAUUUUGUGCCCUGUAUAAUAUAUUUAUUUUUACCCCCUUGUAUGAUGAAUGAAAGAGUGUAGAUAUUAAAUUAACAUAGAAAUAACGUAUUCAUUAAAUUAUUUUGAGACCUAUCUGUGAUUGUUCUAUUUUAUUAUUUAAUAUAAAAUUAGGAAUCCAAAUUAAUAUUUGUUAAUUCAUUUUAGCAACGUUUUUAGUGCAUUUCAAAGGAAUGCAACAUUGUCACCUAAAUUUGACGCAUCGAACGUACGUAAAUUAUAUAUGGUGGGAAGAGUGAAAAUGUUGUAUUUGCUCUGUUUUAUUUAUAAAACAGUUUUGAAUUUUAUCACUGUACAGAAAAAUUGUUUUAUAAUGAUAAAAUAUAUACGCUAGUUAAAAGAAAUUAAUGUAAAAUUUAAAUCUUUCAAUAUAUACCUACCCAGUGUGUAGAUAGAGCCAUAUUAAAACUAGUUAUGUAAUUUAGGUUUUUAUAAGUCUUCUAAUUUUUAAUUUUAAAAAAUUGCUUUUUUUGCCAUUAUUUCGACCGUACCUAUUUCACUAUUGUAUUCGCAUAUCUUACAUUUAGCAAUAAAAACGAGACACGGAUUUUCGGAGUUUCUGUUGGGGAAUGUCCGUAAGAAUUGUUCAAAGUCUUAACGGGAACUGAACUCCUGCAACACGACUGGUUAGAAUCAAUCGUUUCCGUAACGAGAAUUGCGAGUUCUUAAGCCGUUUUAGAAUUUGGAUGGGAUCACAGUGUAUCGUGUAUAUACUACAUACAGUGUAAAACUUGCUCACUAACAAUUAUUUUCGGUUAAAUUUAAAACUAAUUAACUAGUCUUAGCUUUAUGAAAACUUUUUAAUUUAUAUGCAAUUUUUUUUAACUUUGUAUCUGAGCCUGUUUUUGGUAGAAUAAAUUUAUAGUUGCCUUUUU